GCCUUCGACCUUCACUCAUAACACAAAGUAAUAUAUAGUACAAGACUACAAGAGUUCUUCCAAUACAUUGUAUCAUCCUCAUCUUUCACUCAUAACACAGAGCAAUACAUGCUCAUAAUCCCCAUCAUAAUCUAGCUGUAUAACGAUAAUUUAGGACAUUUUAUACAUUUUUUCUUUAGUUCACAGAGAAAUAUGGGAAAAGGUCGGAGAUUAACGAUGAGUCGGAGCGAGCGGUUUCUUGGGAGUCAUCAUCAGUCCGGUGAUCGCCAUGAGGACGGAGAAAUCGCCGUCGAUCUGGAGUUCACGGAAGAGGAUGUCUGGUCAGUAAUCGAGCCUAAUGAACCAACAGAAGAAAACGCGUGGACAGCACACUCCAUCGAGGCGAGUGGCAGUGAACGGAACGGAGGCCGCGAGGGUGGCCUGACCGUUAACAGCGCUGGACGGAGGAAGAGACACGUGGCGACUUCUGCGCCGGUGAAUGUUCCUGAUUGGAGCAAGAUCCUGAAAGUGGAGUCCGUCGAGUCAAUGCGUAAUAAUGACGUGGCGGAUGGUGAUUGGGAGCGUGAGAUGGUUCCGCCUCAUGAAUACGUGGCGCGUAGCCGUCACGUUGACGGUGGCUCGUCAGUGUUUUUGGGCGUGGGAAGGUCGUUGAAGGGACGAGACAUGAGACGGGUCAGAGACGCCGUGUGGAGCCAAACCGGGUUUUAUGGUUAAU